AGGGCGAUAAGGGAUGGCGAAUCAGCAGCUGCUCCCCUCGCGCCUCCUCCUCCUCUCCUGCAUCGCUCUCGUCGCUCUCUUGUUCCUGGUACGACUCUCCAGUGUCAGUCGCCCCAGCUCGCUAGAUGAGGUGUGGGUGCCAGUAGAUCAAGUGCGCUCCUUCCGGCCGCUGCGAGGAGCUGAAGACUUCAACCUGAUGACUUCUCACCUCAAGAGAGGCCUGCAUGCUCUUCGAUUUAACCCUCAACCCAUGCUCAAGGCUCGAGUGGCCACCGCUCCAUCCAACAUAGAUUAUUUCUAUGUCGAUAGACCGCUGCAGCCCCCCAAGCAAGAAGCUCAGUACUUGGUGUGCCAGCAGAGCAAGGUAGACUACAACCGCCUUCUCCAAGCAGGUCAGAUCAGCAAGGAAGAGCAGGAGCUCCAUGAGAUCUUCGACUACGUCGAUUCAGACCACAGCGGGUGUGUCACUGGGUACGAACUCUACAUGUUCAGCGUACAGCUCUCCAAGGUCUUGCCCCAGGACGAGUGCCUGUCCAACCCUGCAUGCGGUCUCUCCUACUCCGAUUGCGCUCAGAUCAUCCUGGCGAUGGACGCUGAUGGAAACAACAUGAUCGACUUCUUUGAGCUGGAACAGUUCCUGAUCUUGAAGACUGUGUUCGACUCUGUCGAUCAUGGUCACAUCGGCACCAUCAGCACAGGAGAGCUCUGUGAGGCCCUGAUGAAGCUGGGAAGGCAGACCGCAGACUGCAGGGAGAGACUCAUGUACAGUUGGGGAGGAGAGAAGAGAUUUGAUUUCAUGGACUUCAAAAAUUUCCUGGUGAAUUCUGAGCCCGCCAAGAGCUCGAUCGGGUUGUAG